AUGCACAAUGUGGUGUCCCAGGGCUGUCAUAGAGAUUUCCUCCGGGGACGUUGCAGUCUCUCUUUUAAUGUGAUCCUUGAUGUGGCUUUGUUUCCAGGUGCCAAUGCAGCAGUGAGAUGUGAGAGAGUUCCUGCAGCAGCCUUAGGUGAAGAUGUGACCCUGAAAUGUAACUUUAUACCCUCUUUGGAUGUUUUACAAGUCACCUGGCAGAAGUUGGAAGGCUCUUCAUUCAAAAACAUAGCUACCUAUAGCAAGGCACAUGGAACUAAAUUCAUAGGGCCUUUCAAUAAGAGAAUUUGUUUCAAUGAUACAAGUCUGAAAGCAUCAUCCAUCACUCUUCGUGGCGUGACAUUGGAGGAUGAAACAUGUUAUAAGUGCAUCUUCAACGCAUUUCCACACGGCUCCUUCAGCAGAGAAACUUGCCUCAUUGUACAAUCGAUUUCUGCAGUAAGAACUGAACUCCAUUCAAAUGCCAGCAGCCCGGAGCUCCUGACUGCAGUCUGCUCAGCUACAGCAAAACCUGCCCCAGAAAUCACAUGGAAGCCUGAGGGCUUCCUGAUUGGCCAGCCUGAGAUACAUGGAGUUAAGCAUGCAAAUGGCACAGUAACUGUGACAAGCAAGUGUAACAUCUCUGUGAGGCUCCUGCGACUGAAGAACCUCCAGGCUUUGACAUGUGUAAUAAACCACCCUAUGGGAAGGAAAGAGAAGAUAAUUGGCCCACUAGAAGAAUAUGAAGCAUCUGAUGAGGAGAGCAGAAUAUAUAUCUGGCCAGGGCUUUUCGCAAUUUCUUUGACUGCCAUAGGAGUCACCAUCCUCAUCUUGACAUACAAGAAAAGCAAAGGGAAUAAACCAACGAGUAGCAGCAUGCCCUGCACUCCUGCGGAGAAAAAGAAUUUGAACCAAGAUGGAGGAGACAGACACCAGUACCAGCCAACACCUAAGAGCCAGCAGAGUGUUUUCUACCAAAAUGAGCGGCAAACCCCAGGAAGUUCUCAGCGCAAAAGAAAAUUCUUUUCAAAACAAUUGUUUUCAAAGAAGAAUCAAAGAGAUACACGGGUACCCAGAUCAAUAUUUUCAGAAGGAAAAGAAAAGAACGAGGAAGGCAAUCUGAAUCAUUCAUUUAUGGAAGGGAUUGAAGAGAUUGAUGACUCGGUUUUUAAAAAUUAGAGAAAAGGUAAACUUUCAUUGCUGCAAAUGAAAAAGCAGAGAAACCAAUGUCACUAACUCAGCAUUCAAACCAGCCCCAAAGGAGAACUUUUUCAAAGCAUUGUGCAGUACCUUUGGGAGAGGAGCUAUUUACAACAUGACUUUGACACAAAAAGAGCUAUAAAUAGGGGGAGGGGGAAGUUGUGGUGGCUUCAUUUCCCCCUCCCCUCCAUUUAUGGUAUGUAAAAGGUAUGUGUCUCUUUCAGAGAAUCCAUUUGACCUGAGACUUGGAGACGGAAAACAUGCAGGUGAACAAAAUCAGGUCACAUGCUUUCCUUCUCACUCCUCCCCCCCGCAAGGAAAAGCUGCGGCUAGAGCUGUGUGAAUAAUGGAUUUCUCGGUUUGCCGGCAAUUCCAAAAAAUUGAAAAAACAUUUAUUUGGGUCGAACUGAAAAAUUUGUUUCAUUUUUGGUUCUAACGAAAUGUUUUGGCUGAGCACUUCAACAUUUAAUUUUUUAAAUCGCGUUUAAAGUAAAUUUUGAAACAAAAAGUUUUUUCAAUUGGAGACCUCAGAAUGUUUCAGUUUUCAGAAACCAUUUUUUUACUUUUUUUCCCCAAUGAAAACAGUUCAGCAAAAUUGAUGCAAUUUCACCAAAAGUUUUGGUGUCACUGAAUAUUCAUUUUUUUUGCCAAAGAUAAAGUUUCAGUUGAAAAGUUUCACCCAUCUCUAGCUGUGACACCCGUUUUAUGGAAAUUUACAUUUAAAAGUAAUUAUUUCCCCUUUUACACUCUUUUUAAUCUUCAAUUUACUUGGUUUCUGUUACAUCAGGCAGACGCAAAAAUGUAAUGGGGUUUCAUUGUUGCUAUAUUGAACUCAGUUUAAAAAAAAAAAAUCCUGUCUCUUAGAGUUCAUUCACAACUAGAACACCUCUCCAAGGCUGUCCUCUCUCUUUUCCAAGGUAGAGGAGCUGUGGCCAGAUUAAGAGAAAAGAAAAAGAGAUAGCCUUUGUUAGAUGAGUGGAGAGGAAUACAGAGAAGAGUUCAUUUGGAGCAAAUAGCGGGAGUUCUAGGUAGAUUAGACUAACAUUGGAUAGAAAAGCAGAGAGACCAUUUUAGUACUUAUUAUGUCAGAUGAAUACAAUGUAGAGAAAUUGUAAAAUGCAGUGUUUAAUUCCCCCUAAAUCCUUGUAAACUUUGUCCUCUGCUUUAAUUUCAGUGAUUUUUCUUUUUACAUGUGUACUGGGCUACUUAGCCAACAGCAUCCAUUUUACUGCCAGAGAAUAAAAAAUUUGCUCUUACA